CUUAGCAGCUGCCAAUUUCAUAAUUUGAGAGAUCAAGUUUGAGAAUUGUUUAUUUUGAUCUUAAAAAAUAUCUUGAAAACAUUUUUCAAUAUUUACAUAGCUAGAGUCAUAAAAAUUUCAAUUACCUUUAAAAAUGACUGAAGUGCAAUUACAAGAGAUUAAAUUAGAUCCCGAUUCUGAACUUCGUUUUGAAGUUGAAACGAAAAAUGAAAAAGUCGUUUUAGAGGUUAAGAGCGGCUAUGCUGAGUUAUUCGGCACCGAAUUGGUCAAAGGCAAGCCCUAUGAAUUCCACACGGGAGCGAAAGUUGCUGUGUUCACGUGGCAUGGCUGUACAGUGGAGUUACGAGGACGUACAGAAGUUAGUUAUGUCGCCAAAGAAACUCCCAUGGUUGUAUACUUAAAUGUACAUGCAGCAUUAGAACAGCAAAGGGUAGCGGCCGAACACGAAAAUACAAGGGGACCGGUGACUAUGGUUGUGGGUCCCGGAGAUGUUGGUAAAUCCACAUUAACUAAGAUACUCCUUAAUUAUGCGGUGCGGAUGGGUCGACGACCUAUAUUUGUAGACCUGGAUGUUGGCCAAGGACAUAUAAGUGUUCCAGGAACUAUUGGUGCAUUAUUAGUUGAGCGUCCAGCCUCUAUAGAAGAGGGUUUCAGUCAGCAAGCGCCGCUAGUGUACCACUUUGGUCACAAAUCACCCGGCGACAACUUGGAGCUAUACAACAUGAUUGUGUCACGUCUGGCUGAAGUUAUCGCUGAGAGAUGUGAAAAUAAUAAGAAAGCGUCGACGUCAGGAGUGAUCAUCAAUACAUGUGGAUGGGUGAAGGGAACAGGGUACAAAGUACUGACUCAUGCUGCCCAGGCUUUUGAGGUCGAUGUUAUAUUGGUGUUGGACAAUGAGCGUCUCUACAAUGAACUGAAGAGGGACAUGCCGAAGUUUGUGAAAGUUGUUUAUUUACCAAAAAGUGGAGGGGUAGUUGAACGUUCCUCCACACAACGAGCUGAGGCCAGAGACGCUCGUAUAAGGGAAUACUUCUAUGGAAAUCGGACACCAUACUACCCUCAUUCAUUUGAUGUUAAGUUCUCAGACCUUAAGAUCUACAAGGUGGGCGCCCCCUCUCUGCCAGACUCGUGUAUGCCUCUGGGUAUGCGUUCGUCUGAUGCCCUGACCCGCCUGGUGCCGGCCUGGCCGUCUCCGUCUCUGGCGCACCGGGUUCUGGCUGUUUCCUUUGCCCCAUCACCAGACGACCACGUGCUCGCAACCAACCUGGCUGGAUUCGUUUGUGUUACUGCGGUGGACAUGGAUCGUCAGACGAUGACCAUCCUAUCUCCUCAGCCUCGUCCGCUGCCAGAUACUAUACUGCUUCUCUCAGACUUGCAGUACAUGGACAACCACUAGUCAUGAAAUGCCAAACAAAAUAAAAACACGAUUACGUCACUGGGUAGUGAUGUGAAAUCCGAACACUGACAGAAUCGACAUCUUUUGACGUCUAGUGAUGAAAGUUAACUAUUAGUGAUGUGAUUGACUGAUAGAUGUGAAAAAUUUUAUGACAAAAUAUAGUGAUUUAGUUGUCGAUGUCCACGGUGUAUUUUAUCAAGAUUUUUUUUUUGUGACGGAAGAGCUGUUCUCGAUUUUAUAUUUAUUGAAAAUCCUUAAAAAGGAUUUUUUUAUCCUUCGGAUAUAAUAUUUUUCUCUUGACCAUGUUCUUCGUAAGAGUAGUAAGUUAAAGAAGUAUAUACAAUACAUUUCACGUUCAUAGUACAUCGCAUUAAUUGUAAAGACAUUACUCUUUAUUAAUGUGUAAAUUUAUGUCAUUUUUGACUUUAAUACCUUGACCUUAAUAUGGGAGGUACUUCUGAUAAGCCAUUAUUUAUAUGUUGAAUGUUGUGUAUACUUCAAAAGGCUUCAUUUGUUGUGAUAAAGUAUGACGAAAGGUUUAAAUAAAACGUUUUUAGUAUACAA